AUGGAGGAAAUACAGCUAGAAUCUUGCCAAUACAAGACCUAUGCUGACUAUAUAGAAGAUCAAUAUGAGGAUAACUACCACCGCUACUCCUGGCUUGUGAACUUUCUGCGGAAAGGCCACCCCAGCUCACCAAACUCAGCAUUGUCGUUCCCAGUUCGAAUAUUCUUGCUGGAUAGUAGCAAUGAAUGCUUGACAAGUAGAAAGUUUUCUAUUAAGAGAGACAGUUUGUUGGACCCUCUUUUUGUUAAUACUUUGAAGGAAGCCCAGUGCAAUCGCCAAACAAGGCUGAUUUUGGUCCAAUACCGCCAUUUUGAAAACAUCAACCCAUCCUUUAUUGAUACGUUGGGCCUCUGGUGCGGCCUUGAUCCGGCAUUCUUCUCUGUCCAUUUUGAGUGCGAUUUCGAUCGAAUCGGUCAGAUCACACACUGUCCGACCCGCUCCCUUCCAUCUGAGAAGAGGUGCCUGCAAAUUAUAACAGACGAGUGGAGCUUUAUGACCGCAACGUGGAAAAUAUCAAAGAAUGAGCAUACUCUUGUCGUUCUUGAGCGAGAUGAUCAUCUUGGGUCGGCGGAUCAUAUCCCCGCAUUACAUGAUAAACUCACAAAACACAUUUCCCCAGAUGAGAUUGCACGGCUGAACCGGUAUCCAGCGGAUUACCUAUUUCCCUAUGUUCGGGAGGCAGCACGGCGCGCAGCUUCUGUCUCUGCUCAGUUCACGCCUUUCCGAGCGGGCAUAGAAUCCAAUCAUGAUCAAAAUCUGGGUGUCAAAUGGGAUAUAAUUCAAAGAAAUCAACAAGCGAUGGUAUCAUCACUCAACAGCCUUUCAAAGUUUCUUGCCUGUCCUGAGAUUAAUGCCGGCAGCGAUGCAUUAAAUCUCAGCUCGCUUCUAUUUGAUUACCGCGAACUUAUUCAAGAAACCAAUAGGAUUUCUGCCGACAUCCAAAUGCUGCUCCAGCAGCAGGCGAAUCUGGCAAGCAUACAGCAAGCAAGAAGGGGAUUAGAGCAGACAGACUCAGUUCGCAGGUAG